CUCAUUUCAAACGCCAGGCUCGCAGAGGGAGAGGAGCGAGCGACAAUGUCAGGCUUCAACCUCCCCACUAGCUCUGCCCCUCCUUCUUCUUCAUCAUCAUCAUCAACCUCUUUGUUUCCUUCAUUUCCUUCUGCUUCAGCUUCUUCAUCGCCUCUCUUCUCUGGAAUUUCUUCCUCUUCUUCUUCCUCAAUUUUCCCCUUCUCAAACCCUUCUUCUUCGUCUUCUCCAUCUCCAUUCUCUUUCGGAUCAACCCCUUCUGCUGCGUCCUCUCUGUUCCCUUCUGUCUCACCAUCCACUGAAUUCUCACUGAGUUCUUCCCCAUUUCAAUCUUCUUCCACUUCUUCAAACCCUAGCUCCUCCUCUUCUUCAUUUUCUUCCCAAUUCUCCGCCUUUGGUUCAUCUUCGUCCUCCUCUUCCCCUUUCGGUGGGGUAGGAUCAUUCGCUUCUUCUGCCCAAGGUACGUUCGGGUUCGGGUUCGGAUCCGCUCCAGCGGCAUCAUUGGCACCGAGUUCUGGGUCGACCAUGUUUGGGGCGUCUUCGAUCUCAUCCACUGGUUCGUCACUUUUUGGGGCGGCUUCGCUCUCAUCCACCGGUUCGACAUUGUUCGGGGCCCCUUCGGUCUCAUCGAGUCCUUCCCCUGCAUUUUCUACUUCAGCCCCUUUUGGGUCUUCUUCCUCUUCUUCGGCUGUGAUUUCUUCUACUACAACUCCUUCCACUGCUAACACCUUGUUUGGGGCAUCUUCGGCUUCGGCUUCUACCGCUAGUGCCUUGUUUGGGGCUUCUUCAGCUUUGGUGUCUACUGCUACUGCUAAUCCAUUGUUUGGGGCUUCUUCAGCUUCGGUUUCUACUGCUACUGCUAGUCCAUUGUUUGGGGCUUCUUCGGCUUCGGUUUCUGCUGCUACCCCUGCCUUUUCGUCUCCCUUGUUUGGGGCUUCUUCUCCUGCACCUCCCUUUGGACCUUCUUCUUCGUCUUCUACUUCGGCUUCAACUGCUCCUUCUGUCCCCAAUUUUUUUUCUUCCAAUUCGAGCUCUCCAGCACCUGCAUUUUCGUUUUUGAAGGGGACUACGAGUUCUACGACUACUUCUGUAUCAUCCGUAUCCUCUUUGACAUCCUCUACCACAAGUUCUGCGGGUUUCUCAUUUGGAACACCAUCCUCUUCGGAUUUUCAGGCCUCUUUUAGUCUCGGAAAUGCAGCUUCUACCACCACUAGUGCCGCCCCAGCAUCCUCGGCUUCUGCUGCAACACCGGCGAAGCCUGCUCCUUUUGGGUUUGGAAUGUCAUCACCUUCAUUAUUUUCGACAGUGACUACUACUACUAGUUCUUCGACUCCGGCCGCCGCCACAACCCCAGCUGCUUCUGCAGCUUCCACCUCGGCGUUUGCUGCCUUUGGGGUGAGUUCUUCAGCUUCAACUGUUGCUUCACCUGCUUUUGGUGUGAGUUCUUCAUCAUCAACUCAGGCAACAACUCCAGCAUUGCCUGCUUUUGGGGUGGGUUCUUCAUCUUCAGCUAUUCCUUCAACCAUAGCAGCAGCAAGCACAACUAGUUCCUCGACAGCGGCAGGGUCUUUUCCUGGUUUUGGUGUUACAAGCGCAGGUGCUUCCUCGGGGACUACUAGUUCUUUUCCGAGUUUUUCGUUGCCGACUAGAUUAUCAGCCCCUGCUUCAUCUUCACAAGCACAAACCACAACUGCUUCUCCACUCUUUGGUGUUCCUCCUUCCACUGCUGUAGCUGUAACAAGUUCCAGUACUACUGCUGUUCAGACAUCAUCAUCCCUGGUUGUAGCUUCUAGUAGUGGGACAACCUCAACUGUCACAACAGCUGUAGCACCUGCUCUGAAAAUGCCAUCCGAGAUCACUGGGAAAACUGUCGAAGAGAUCAUCAAGGAGUGGAACACUGAGCUACAGGAACGCACUGGAAAAUUUAGAAAACAGGCUACUGCAAUAGCCGAGUGGGACAAGAAGAUUUUGCAGAAUCGUGAUGUUCUUCUGAGACUUGAGAUUGAAGUGGCGAAAGUGGUUGAGACCCAAGCUCAAUUGGAGAGACAACUUGAGUUAAUUGAGACCCAUCAGCAAGAGGUUGAUAAGGCUUUGCUAAGUAUAGAAGAAGAAGCUGAGCGUAUUUACAAGGAUGAGCGUGGAUUGCUCCUUGAUGAUGAGGCUGCAUCCACAAGAGAUGCAAUGUAUGAGCAGGCUGAAUUUAUAGAGAGGGAAAUGGAACAAAUGACGGAACAGAUAAAAUCAAUUAUUCAAACACUAAAUACCAAUCAGGGUGGAGAACUUGAUGUGAUGGAUGGGAUGACUCCAUUAGAUGUCAUUGUCCGAAUUUUAAACAAUCAACUAAGCUCUCUAAUGUGGAUUGAUGAAAAGGCUCAAGAAUUUAACUCGCGCAUUCAGAAGCUUGCCAGUCAAGGUUCCACAUCAGAGCAUGGAUCAAUGGGUCCAAAAUUCUGGAUGAGUUAAUCUUUCUUAAAGUUGGUUUCUACCAAGUAGAGUUAACAAGUGCAAAGAAGAAGGGCUCAUUUCACAUGGUUGUUUCUUUUAAAAUUUUGGCUAGAGAUUCAUCUUGGAUGCACAGCAAUGCUUCUUGUUUCUUUGGUGAGAAUGGAGUUCCUUUUUCCAGCAACUUUUUUGGAAGUUCUGACUGAGGAUGGUGUAGUUCUGGACCUCUGGUGAUUUGGCCAUCUGUGAACAAAAGCUUCCCAGGAUUCAGAGGUGAAGGAGUUGAAUUCGAAUAAUUUUCCUUGUUAUUAGGCGACAGAGUGUUAUUGGACACAGUCGUAACUUGUACCUCUUAACAUAUCUUUUGCAGCUCUUGCAUAGUUCUCGCUUUAUUUUCUUAAAACCCUUUACAGAGUAAUGGAACAUUCUGAAAAUUGAAGAAGUUGAGUUUGUUGAAAGUGGGAAAGGUUUCCUUGCAUUGAAAUGAAAGGAAGGAAUGCAGUUAACCAAUCA